AUGUCCGUAGAUGUCGUUGAGCCCGCCACUCUGCCUAACAAGGGCGGUAUCCCUGUGGGUAGCACCAAGCUCGGUGGCAACGACAAGGCGUCCGUCGAUGUUGCGGAUGGCAAAUGGAAGAACUUCACUUUCGAGCCUAUCCGCGAGUCGCAGAUUGCUAGGACCAUGGCCCGUCGCUACUUCAACGACCUCGACAAAUAUGCCGAGUCCGACAUUGUUAUCGUCGGAGCUGGUUCUUGUGGCUUAAGCACUGCUUAUACACUUGCCAAGGCCCGUCCCGACUUGAAGAUUGCAAUCAUUGAGGCUAGUGUCUCGCCAGGUGGUGGUGCCUGGCUUGGAGGUCAGCUAUUCAGCGCGAUGGUCAUGCGCAAGCCAGCUGACGCUUUCCUCACUGAGAUCGGAGUACCUUUCGAGGAGGAGGGCAACUACGUCGUCGUCAAGCACGCCGCCCUCUUUACAUCGACCCUCCUUUCUAAGGUCCUUUCCUUUCCCAACGUGAAGCUCUUCAAUGCAACUACCGUUGAGGACCUCAUCACUCGUCGUGAUGACACUGCCCCAGGUGGCAUUCGCAUUGCCGGUGUUGUAACCAACUGGACCCUGGUCGCCAUGCAUCACGAUGACCAGUCCUGCAUGGAUCCAUCGACCAUCAACGCACCCAUCAUCGUCAGCACGACCGGCCACGACGGCCCCUUCGGUGCUUUCUCCGCCAAGAGACUCGUUUCCAUGGGCGCGCUCGAGAAGCUCGGCGGCAUGCGAGGUUUGGACAUGAACACUGCUGAGGACUCCAUCGUGAAAGGAACUCGCGAGAUUGUUCCCGGUCUGAUCUGUGGAGGCAUGGAGCUGAGCGAGGUCGAUGGCGCCAAUCGCAUGGGACCUACCUUCGGUGCUAUGGCUCUGUCUGGUGUCAAGGCUGCCGAGGAGGCUCUCGCUGUCUUUGAUCUUCGCAAGAAGCAGAACUCUAUCUAG